AUGGCUGGCCAGUCUGCAGUUGCGCUUUGGAUCCAGAAGGAGAGCAGCCAGACAGUGAGUGCCAUGCUCAGGGCUGCAUCAUGGACCAUUAGGGGUCUUCAUUGCUCCUCGAUCCCCCUCUCAGCAAGAAUGAGCAGGAGAAAGCCCAAUAGGGGCUGUACCCUAGCUGAUAAAGUGGCUGUGAUCACUGGCUCCACAAAAGGAAUCGGCUUCGCCAUCGCCCGCCGUCUGGCCCAGGAUGGGGCCCACGUGGUGGUCAGCAGCCAGAAACAGCGGAACGUGGACCUGGCAGUGGCAACGCUGCAGGGAGGGCCUGAGCGUGAGGGCACCGUGUGCCACAUGGGGAAGGGCAAGGACCGGGAGCGGCUGGUGGCCACGGCCCUGGAGCACUGUGGGGGCAUCGACUUCCUGGUGUGUGUGGCAGGGGUCAGCCCUUUGGUGGGGAGCACCCUGGGGGCCCGUGCGCAGGUGUGGGAUGAGGUGAGGCCCUGGGAGAAAACAUGGCCACACUUGCUACCUGACGUUAAUGAUAUCUAUGGAUUGCAGCGGUUUGGGGAGCCCGAGGAAUGUGCGGGGACUGUGUCCUUCCUGUGCUCUUCAGAUGCCAGCUACAUCACUGGCGAGAACAUCGUGGUGGCCUGCUACUCCCCUAAGCUGUGA